GUCGACCGGCGACUUCGACAUCGUCGUCGUCGUUGUCAUAUUAAAUAUAUAAAUAUAUAAAUAUAUAUACAAUAUAACACUAAUUCAUUAUUAUAAAAAAAAAAUAAGUGACGUGAUUGUGAAAAUUAAAAAUUUUUUUAAUUUAAAAAAAAAAUUUCUGAAAAAAUUGACUGCAAAAUAUCAAUAGUUUUAUUAUUUAAAAAUAUAUAUGUAUAUAUAUUUUUUUUGACAUAAAAUAUCAACAUUUCUUAUACUCAAUAUUACUCUGUAGAUAAAUAAAUUUUUGAAUUUUGAAAUUUUAAAUGUCGGUCUGGAGAACGGGAGAGAAUAAAAUUAACAAGUAAAGAGAGAAUGAGAUGUAAUAGUUGGGUGACGGCAGUUGUGACGGUGACGGCGGGUGAUCGUGACACGGAUCUACGAUAUUUAUAAUACGUAUAUAUAUAUAUAUAUAUAUAUAUAUAUAUUUUUUUUUUUUUUAUCGGUAGUAAAUGUUUUUGAUUGUUAAUUGAUUGGGACUUUAAGUGGACAAAAUAAUAAUAAUAAUAAUUGUUAUUAUAAAAGUGAUAUGAUGAUGAUGAUGGCUGAUAGUGGGACGCAAUCAUCUAGAAGACCGAGCAUUUGUAGUUACGAUUAUCCAGAAGAUUUGAAUCCAUUUAAAGAUGAAAUGGAAAAUAAUGAAACUGAUGAUCAAGUGACAUUGAGACAUCCGCGGCCACGGCCACGUGCUUUGGAUAAUUUUACUGUUAAUAGUAAUAAUAGUAAUAAUAAUAAUAAUAAUAAUAAUAGUAAUAAUAGUAAUAAUAAUAAUAAUGACAAUAAUAAUAAUAAUAAUAUUAAUAAUAAAUCAAAAGAUAAAGAUACGAAAAAUAAAUUUUGGACUUUUGGCCGGAGCAGAAAAAAAAGAUCUAAUAGUUUUUCUAUUAAAUCUACUUGGAAUGGAAUUUUCGGGAAACGUAAAGAAGACGAUAAGAAACCGACGAUUGCGACAGUGUCAUCGACGUACAAACGAACAACUUAUAAUAAUUACCCGACAGAAACACCAGGCUCACAUUUAUCUAAAGAUCAGCAAGAGUUUGAUGAAGCGCUCGGUACUUUAACGAGACGGCGUAAAAAUACUUGGGAUUACGCGUCGACAACUUCAUCGCGAUAUGGAUCUAGUUUGACAGUAAAUGGUGAUCCCGGAAGAAUUUACGAUGCAUGUCCACCCCAGGAAACCACAACGUCGAUUAUGGGUGAACUUACACCUAAACCUCCAGCUCGACGUUUUGGUCAAGUGAGCUCUAAAUCACCUCGUGAUAUUCCUCCAUUAAUUUACAAUAAAGAUAUGGAAAGAGAUGAUAAGACGCCGAUUCCUCCGAGGCGGAGUAAUGGAAUAAGAGCAUCUCAAAGAUUGCAUGUACCCAGUCCUGAUUAUCAUAAUAAUAAUAAUAAUAAUAAUAAUUUGAAAUCAAAUACGUCGACGGUGAUAACAGACGAGAACGAAAAUAUGCCUGAAGAUUACGUAUUCAAAAGGGUUAAUCAUGACACUAUGGCAGCUGUACGAAAGUCUAAUUUAUCAAUUAACAGCUGUGUAUCUAUGACAAGUGUUUAUGCUUCUGGUAGAAAAAAAAGACGGGCUCCUCAACCACCAAGUCCGCGAGACAUUAAACUUGAAGAUGUAUCUAAGGAAACCGAAGAGAUUACUAACGAAAUUAGUCAGAUAACACAAAACAUCGAGAAUCUAAAAGCCAAAUCCACCGAAGAAUUGAAAAACGAGUCGAAUGUCAACAAUAAUUCCGAUGACGUAAAAGAAGUAGGUAUCGAGUUAAUAAAACAAGAAGAAACAAAUCGUGAAAUCGUAAAAGAUGUCGAAAUAGUAGAUAGCGACGAUAAAGUAACGUUGAGAAAGAAAAAGUCUGUGGAGAGUUUAAUGGGCAGCGACAGUAGUUUUUCAGUGAAAGAUGAAAUUGAAAAAAUAGAACGUCAGAUAAAACUACUCGAGGCUACCAAAGCGAUUAAUAACGACGAGAAAGCAUCAACACUCUCCAGAACACGGACCUACUCAUUAUCAGAUGAUAAUUACGAGGCGCCUGGACGUUUGAUUCGCGGCAGCGGAUCGCGACGGAGUCUUCAAGAAAACAGGCGCAAUUUUUUCAAAGAUUUAACUUCACGAUCUAAUAAUAAUAUUAAUAAUGAUAGAGUUAAAAUUGAGAUAAAAGAGUUGCCGCGUCAGCAAAAUGAUAUUAAAAUAGUUCAUCUGACCGAUGACACGGACAGUAAACAAGUUGAUAAAUUUGAUGACAGUGCAGUUAAAGUUAUUGAACUUCAUAUUUCGGAGCCUAUUAAAGUUAAUUUUGAUCAGGUCAAUCCUAUUCCAAAACCUGUUAGGCACCAUAGUAAUUGCAGUUUAGAUAAAAUAUCAAAUAAUAAUAAUAAUAAUAAUAAUAAUAAUAAUAAUAAUAUUAAUAAUAAUAAUACUAAUAAUAAUAAUAAUAAUAAUAGAGAAAAUGAAGAACAAGAAACGAGUUCAUUGUAAAAUUAAAAAAAAUUUUAUAGUGAAGAAAAAAAAUAUUUACGCACAUUUUGCCAAUUCAAAUUUUGAAUAUCGCGCUGCAGGUGAGGUCAGAGCGCGCGAAUUUUUUUUUCGAAUUUUCUAUAAAAAAUAAAAAUUUUUUUUGUGGAAAAUUUUUUUUUGAGUGACAGAUUUCCAUAAAAAUUUACAAGGGAAAUUUUUUUAAUGGUAUCGAAAAAUUUAAAAUUUUCAAAUUAAAUUGAAAAAAAAAAUUACGCACAUUUUGACAAUUAAAAUUUUGAAUAUCGCGCUGCGGGUGCUAUCGGCGCGUAAAAUUUAUUUUUUUUUUUUUUUAAAUCAUUUUCUGAAAAAUUCUCAUGAGAAUUAAAAAAUAAGAAAAUUUUUUUUUGUGGUAACGAGAAUAAUAAGGGCGGGAAAAAAAUUACAAAUAAUUAAAAUUAAAAACAAAAUUACGCACAUUUUGACAAUUUAAAAUUUUAAAUGUCGCACUGUAGAUGCUAUCAGCGCGCAAAAUUUAUUUUCAUUUUCAAAUCACUCUUCAAAAAAUUCAAAAUUUUUUUUUAAGUCACAGAUUUCCAUAAAAAUUGAAAUCAGAAUUUUUUUUUGUCGUACUGAGAAUCAUAAGAGCGUAGAAAAAAAUUCAAAAUAAGUAAAAUUUUUAAUUUCCAGAUUAAAUUAAAAAAAAAAAAAAUUACAAACAUUUUGUCAAUUUAAAAUUUAAAAUAUCGCGCGGGUUUUAUCAGCGUGUAAAAUGUAUUUUUAUUUUGAAAUCAUUCUCUGAAAAAUUUCCAUAAAAAUUGAAAAAUAAGAAAAUUUUUUGUGGUACCGGAAGCCAUAAGGGCGGGAAAAAAUUUUAAAUAAUUAAAAUUAAAAAAAACGAAAUUACGCACAUUUUGUCAAUUUAAAAUUUCAAAUAUCGCGCGGUUUUUAUCAGCGCGUAAAAUUUAGUUUUAUUUUUAAAUCAUUCUCUGAAAAAUUUCCAUAAAAAUUGAAAAAUAAGAAAUUUAUUUGUGAUACCGGAACCAAAAGGGCGGGAAAAAAAUUUUAAAUAAUUAAAA